AUGCAUCAUCUAAUAUUGGCUGUGGCAUUUAAAGUCGUGACAGGCGAGUCCGAUCUCGAAUCGGAAAGUGGAGAACACCUUGGACAGAGGGCAGAAGACAGCGACGAAGACCAGCGUGGUGCGCCUGCUUCAAGCUCAGCUGCUCCCGUUGUUGUCGAAGACGUCGACGAAGCCGACUACCUGUUCCUGGACGCACGAAACUCAAGGGCAGAACUUCUUUGGCUGAGAUUCUUGCAGCUUCGCCAGUGGACAUUGCACAGAUUCUCAUCCAGAAGGGCUUUUGCAGAGCUUCUCCUACAGCUGGAACGUGUGGAUGUGAGAGUCCAAAGUGGAAGUUGGAGCCUCGCGUGCCUGCAACUGGCGCUGCAAAGCUUGCAGAAAGACCGAGCACUUUGGCUUUACACGUCAAAGCUUCACCUCUCACCAGACGACUGCAGCCUGCUUCUUGGAGUGGACCACAGAGCAGUUCGCAGCCUUUUCGAGGCCUUCAACCAGUACUUUGUGCCCAUCAUUGACCAGUUGAAUGACGCCAUUGUGGUUGGAGGCUGCAGCGCGGAUGUGAAGUUGGACGAGAUUUCCUUUCGAUCUACUGGUCGAUCGCACGGAAUUGUCUGGCUCAGGUACUUAGCAGUUGCACGACGUGGCUUAAAUUUGGUCGGUUGCAGCGUUUGGGCUACCGCAUCACUCGCAAAGGCCAAGGUGGAGGCGGCCCCAUUUCUGUGGAUGAAAUGUGGUCGGCUCUGCUUUUGGAGUCUGACCAGCCAGUUCUGGCCAGGGGAAGCGUUUGCCACACCGAUGGUGCCAAGGCGUAUCGGUGGUUGUCGAGUCCUUUGA